AUGGCGAACGCUCCGCUUAAUCCGUCCGCCGCGGCAAUGGCAGCAGCACAGGCUAUCGUAGCACUGCGAAAGGUCUCCAAAGCGGCCGCUAACGCCAACCUUAAAGUUCCGGAGAAUGCAGCUGAUGAAGCUCGUGCCUGCGAGGUUGAGCUUAGCCAAUUCCGUGGCAUGGACGACCGCGAACUUAAUCUCACGCUACACGUCACGAGCCUGACCCGUGCGAUUACACGUGAACAGCUUCUUCAAUUAUUCUCCUUCUGCGGAACGGUCACAAGAUGUGACUAUCUCAACAACGACAGGUCCGUUGCUCAUAUUCGUUAUUCGACCCCGGAAGAAGCGAAGGUCGCCUUGGACAUGAACAACAUGGAGAUUGCAGAUGUGAAGUUGAAGGUUGAGCUGGCGAAAAUUGCUCAAGAAAGAAUCAAGACAGCUCUGACAGCCUCUGCCAACGCAAUUUCCAAUUUCCUCCCUGGACAUGACGGGAGAUCGACCGCCGCGUUGCAAGAGAUUGUCGCAAAGCCAAUGUUGCAAUUUCAAGAAGCGCUUGCUUUGCAACAGAAUGCCUCUCGAAAGCCCUCGGGUGCAUGCCCCGCCUCAGCGGCAGCUGUUUUGGCAAUGCAGAGAGCUAAGGAGAUAAGCAAGGUGCUGACAUCCCAGGCCUCACUGCAUGACCCGUUACAAAAAAGCAGGUACGAGAACGUUAACACAGAUGACAGGAGGAAGCCCGACUUUCAACCAAGACUCGGCCUCUCAUUCAAGGAUCGACAAAAGGAGAGCCUCCUCAUACAUUGGUUCUAA